UGUAUGCUGAUUUGGAUCAUUGACCGGACGGCAAGGCACACGAUGAGAACACUUUGUUCAAACAAUUUCAAAACCAAAUUCAUUAAUUGGCCCCUUGAAUGCCCACCAUUCGUAUAUAUAAGGGCAUGUAACUUGUCUAUCGCUUCAGCAAUGUUUAACCACUCAGGGGGCGGGUUUGUGUCAGCUGCGGUUCCGCUCAUGUCACCCCUGGAGACAUAAAAGGACCCCUCCGCAUCAAGAUUUUUUUCUUCUGAAAAAUUCAUCACCUCCCUCCCCCCUCGUACGGUCUUCUAACUAUGGUCUCAUCCGCGCCCUCCAUUGGCAUCCUGAGGCCCAGACCAUUUCGCGUCUCAAUCCCCCAGACUGAGCUGGAUGCUAUCAAGACACUUCUUAGACUAGGAAGACUCCCGCCUUCGACUUUCGAGAAUUCUCAUGCCGGAACCAGUCUAGGCGCCCGGCGGGAUUGGAUUCACGAUUCCACGAAAUAUUGGAUCGACAAGUAUGACUGGAGGAUCCACGAGGCUCAGAUGAAUAGUGUUCCCAACUACCUCGUCGACGUGCAAGACGAUGAUGGGGAGGUGCAUACAAUCCACUUCCUUGCUUCAUUUGCAAAAGACAAAAACGCAAUUCCCCUACUCUUAUUGCAUGGCUGCCCCAGCACUUGCUACGAGUUCAUCCCCCUCAUCAAACGUCUUUCCUUAUCCAAUUCCUCACCCUUCCACAUAAUCGCACCCUCACUCCCAAACUUUGCUUUUUCGGCAUCCCCGCCACACAUCAACCUGACAAUGGCUGCCGUUGCGUGUCUCAUGGACAAACUCAUGUCAGGACUCGGAUACGGAUCUAGUUACGUCGUUCAAGGUGGUGACAUCGGCAGUUUUGUUGCCCGGAUGAUGGCCGUUAGAUAUCAUGGAUGCAAAGCCGUACACCUUAACUUCAACCCUAUGACACCGCCAACUUCAUUGCCAUCCAACAUACCACCCCUCACGGAAGCGGAGCAAAAAGGAUUACAACGGGCAAACAAGUUCAUGUCAAGCGGGACCACUUACGCCACAAUACAAUCGACCAACCCGAGUACGAUGGGAGCCGUGAUGAGCUGCUCUCCAGGAGCGAGCUUGGCGUGGACAGGCGAGAAACUAUUAGAACAAAACAUGCCACUUGACAUGAUUCUAACGACCCUUACACUGUACUGGUUCACUCAGACCUACGCAAGAAGCAUUUACGCUUACCGGGAGUUAUUUCCCGGUGGCGCAUCGACGCCAACGCUCCCGACCGACGAUCCGUCGCUUUACAUCCAUAAACCCUUCGAAGUAAUUCCCGUUCCAGCAUGUUGGGUCGCAACCACAGGAAAACUCAGUUUCGUUCGUUAUCACAAAACGGGUGGCCACUUCGCGGCGCAACUCUCGCCAGCAGAAUUCGCCAAUGACCUCAUUGAGUUUUUUGGACCCAUGAAAAACACCCUCGCUACCGUUCCUCCAUCUCCUACCGCGUCCAACGCCAGUUUCGAUGGAGAUACGCAUUUAACUGACUAAACUUACAAAAAAUGGAAGCGCAAGGUUGCUUGCUCCCUCGAUUCGAUUCGACUAUUCGAAAUUUCCGGAUAAAUUCCCUUCUUUUUUUUUCCACACACAUCAUUUCUUUGGGGCAUCGAUGAACCUUGAGUCUCUUCUUCUGUCUUCUGUUGUUCCGCUUU